AGUGCGCCUCGCGGCUCAUCAGCGGACGAGCGGCCAGUGUGCGGCGGCGGCUGAAAGGCGCUCGGCGUUCAUCUCGGUUGGAUUGCGUCCUGCUGCUAUUUGCAGAACAAUGCAGGCUUGAUGUGCGCGCGCCGGUGGAAAGCGCGGGAGGGAAAACGCGCGAACCGGCACUCGGCAGUCUGAGACCGGCCGCGCUGUCGGGCGCGCGACCCACGCACGCGCCCUGGCGGACCCCGCCGCCGAGCGCCGCGGCAAGCGUGGCGUCACCUUCUCCGAAUCGACCCUCACCGACAGCACUGACACCGUGUCGGAACCUCAGUGUCAAAAGGUCCGGGUCCGCGAGUUCACGAUCGCGAUGCAGCGCUGCCCGUACAUCCAUGAGAUGAAGGAGCGUCUUCUGGGGGCGGGCGAGGAGCGCGGGGUGCGCGUGCAGCCUGCGGGGGGCGCAGGGGCGGGGGCGGGGACAGGGGGGCGCGACCUCGAGCUGCUGCAGGACCCACAAGUGGGGACCAUUGUCAAGCUGAAUUCCGACGGCUACGGUCUGCACACGUCGCCGGCGCGCGCGCCGCUGGUGACGGACGAGUGCGACGCGCCUGCGCACGAGACCGACGCGCUGACGCCCAGCGACGUGACGCUGCGGCCGCGCGCCUGCUGCCAGCCCGAUGUCGUGCCCAAGAAUGCUAAAACAUCGCUGUUUAUCAUUUCGAGCUUCAUCUACGCGAAGCUGUUGGUCGUUGUGUGCAUCGCUUACGUCAUCAGUGACGUCAUCACACACAACCUACCCCUAUACUACUAUGAAGGGUUCUUCACCUACCUGUAUGGCAUGAGCAUACUGUUCUUGCUUUACGUCUUCUGCUUCUUACUCCAAGAAAGCGCGUGCUGCAGUGGAAGCCCACCGAAGCCGAAGCCUCCACCAAAGGAGAAGAAACCCAAGAAAGAAAAGGAAAAGAAAAUUAAAGACAAGGAAGGAAAGGAAGGCAAAGAUGGAAAGGACGGCAAGAAGGAAGGCAAGUCCAAGGACAAAGACAAGGACAAGGACAAGGAAGCUGGAAAAGAGAAGCCAACUAAAGAAUCCAAGAAACAAAACCAAUUCCAGGAGGUGUAUCCUCGUAAGAUGCGCGAUAAAGUCCGUGACCAACAAAUUCAAAUGGCGUUAUUGUAUGCGUCAGAACCUGACCAGCAGCAGGAUGUCGUCGAGUUGGAGUCGGGUCCAGCGGUCUCCGGGCCCACGCGCCGCCGCAAGACUUCACAGAACGACCACAGCCAUGGCAGCUUCUUCCUCAGGAUUGGAGCUAUCGCAUUCGGUCUGGGCACGAUGGUGUACAAUGGUCUGGAGUUUGGCACAUUCUUUGAGCUGCCGCUGGAUUCUCCGUGCUACCUGAUACUGAAGGGUGUCAACCCUGUCCUGCAAAUGGUCUUCACCUUCAUGCAAAUGUACUUCAUCUUCAUGAACUCAAGGUUGAACAUUCAUCGUUUCAAAGUCAUUGCGCGAUUCGGUCUGAUGCACGUCGUAGCUACCAACAUUUGUGUGUGGAUUCGGACCCUAGUAUUGGAGUCUUUGAAGGAAAUCACAGACUACCACGUCAGGAACCCCCUGGGAAUCACUGGCGAAACUGUUCUUGGUAAAGUUAUUCGCAAGCAUACCUUACGACACUCUGGUAAAGUGAUGGGUGCUGUUGCCUCUACCACUGCCAGCAUUGUAUCCACUGCUGCGACCACUGCCAAGGCAGCCGGUGGACAGGUAUUGAACGCUGUGACCACCACUCCGGUAGCAAUUACAACAUCUACCACUACUACGACCACUCCUUCGUCGUAUUUCGGUGGAGGUUUUGUUCCUAAGUCGAAAAUCAUUGAUACCAUUAGAAGUACCAUAGGAUACGAUGCAGAUAAUGCUUACGGUCGACACUUGCAAGACGCUUGGCCCAAUGAUAAUCCUUUUACAACAACAUCCACUGUUGCACCACCAUAUACGAAACCAACUGAAAAGGCAACCUCUACCGCCAUGUUGGAAGUAUUCCAGUGGCUUUAUUCCUCAACUGUCAGGCCUAUUGCGGACACGAUAUCCACUUGGGCCCCGACCUCUACCCCUGUGACGUACGCUACAGCUAAAGACGAAUGGGGAAAUAGUAUUGAGACUUAUCGUGUUGAUGAACCACCGCAUUGGCCAGUAAACAACCAAACCGAGCUGUUUGAAUCGUUUGACAACCUGAGCCCAGCGGCUUGGAUCUCCCAGGUCGACAACACCACGGUUUGUGGAAGGAAUCCGAUUAUGGGAACGAUUGUCGCUGACGCCGCCCCCUACCUCUACCCCUUCAUCAUCGAAUACUCUCUGAUUGGCGCUGCGGUCAUUUACGUCAUGUGGAAGCACAUUGGUCGCUACCCGAGCGUGGCCAACGACGAAGAUCUGGAAAGACGUCUGGAGGCUGUUCUAUCCCGCAGGGCGGCAGCGCUCGCGGCGGCGCAGCGCGGCAACCGCGUGGACUGCGCCGGCGCCUCCAAGGGACUCUUCUGUGGACUUCUGUUACUCGUGGCCUCAUUGAUCUGCUUGAUUCUGUUCUUCGUCUUGAUCAGACACCAAGAACUAAAGAGAAUAUCGAUUUAUCUGGCCGAUGUGUCCCACUGCGCUUUGAUGGUGCUUUCGAUAUUGGCAAUUUUGAUCGGAUUUAUACGUGGUCGCAAUAUGAAAUGGAGCCCCUCCCCCUUUACUGAUCCUAUCUACAGGGUGCAAUCCUUGAAGUUCCGUGCUGAGGAGCAGUCGGACCUGAACGACAUCUUGCUCCGCGUGUCUGCCUUCGGUCUCUUCAUCUACGCCGUGUUCAGCGUCAUCGCCGGAGGGAUGGGCAUGUUCACUCACGAGCCGAACCUCCUCGUCAUGAUCACCGGCACCUUGAGCGUAUUCCAGGUGAUCCUGCAGAUGCUGUUCAUCGCGGACGUGUCCCGGCGCCGCGUGCACUUGCCCGAACAGGAGCGCACCAAGCCGGCGCGCCAGGCCGUCACCUUCCUGCUCAUCUGCAACGUCACCAUGUGGCUCAUCUACACCUUUGAGGCCCAGAAAGUCCUCGCCAACCCGGUUCAACUUGACUUCUACGGAUUCGUCGCCUGGUCCCUCGUGCAGCGCUUCACCCUGCCGCUCUGCAUCUUCCACCGCUUCCACUCCGCCGUCACCCUCGCCGAGAUCUGGAAGACCAGCUACAAGGCGCGCCUGGAGUGAAUCGUCUGAUGACACUCAAUGAAUACCCUUACCUAGUCCAUUGAAGGCUCACAGAAGCCGAAGAGUUACAAAACACACUUACUCAAUCCUAAGGGUCUAACAACUUUGUCCUAAAAAUGGGACAGCAACUUCAGCAACUUGUAGUUAGAUACAAACAAUGUGUUGCUCAUUAUAUAAAUGAUUUCGUAAUGCAGCGGAUAAUUCACGGUCCUGUGACGAAUUUAGUAAUUUGAUACGGAUAUACUUGUCUACCUACUUGCAAUGAAAAGGGUGAUGAUGUGAAAGCUUACUGUCUCGAUACUUUAAUUCAUUUUCAUAUGACUAUCUAACACAUUCCGUACUUUUAAUACUUUUUUAUAGUUCGCUUGUUUGCGCGCAAGUCUGAAACGGAAAGGUGGAACAAAAAUCAAUCUUACCCAUCUUAUUUAUACCUACCUAGUUAUUUUAUUCUAAUAAUAAAUUUUACUUAUCAAUCAUUACCAACUUCGAUAAUGACUUUAACGACUUUGCCUACGCAAUCUAUCAAUUUCCUAACUCAGUUAUUUGAGUUAUCAUUUAGUUGUUAUUCAAAUAAGUACGAAAUAUCGAAAAAGAUAAUAAAUUUCAUUACUAACGUUGUGAAAAGUCCCUCCUUUGUUAUUUUUUUUUAAUUCAUAAAUUGUGUACAUGAUUUAGAAAAUAAGGCUCAAUUUAAAAUAUUUUGAUCUUGGACUGUCUUUACAAUUUAUUCAGGUACAAAAGUACCUAGAGCUCAAGAAAAGUUCUGAAAAUUACGUAACUUAUAAUAAAUUUAUGAAAUAUAGCUACCAAUAAAUAUCCCAGUAGGUAUUCCACGAAGGAAACUGUUGUAAAUCAGACAAGUACCUAAACAAUCUAAAUAUAAAAUCAAUGUUACUUAUUUGUAUUAUCAGAAAGGUUCAUAUUUUUUAAUGUUAUUUUAGGAGUGGUUAUUGACUUAGCGUCGAUGAUGGUCCAAUUUUUAAAUAUCAGAUGGAUAAAUAUGUCUGCAAAUAGGUUUAUCCAUUCCGAGAAAUCGCGCAAAAGUUUUGAAAAUUUUGCGAAUAUUUUCACAGAAUGAAGAUGAAUUUCCUGUUAACUUAUUUAACAUUUUUGAAAGAUAAUUUAUUUAAUUUACCAACUGCAUGUUCUGCAUAAUGCUUAGCAGUAUUCUUCGUAACAUUCUUAGAGAUAAACCUAACGUUAGAAAUUGAUGUAGGUACUUAUUAAGAUUUCAGAAGUUUAUAUAAAACAAUUUCAAAUACAUUUAAGCCGUAGAUUUACAAUUUGAUAAACAUAACUAAAAGUAUUUAAUAUUUACUUAAGAAGUAGUUCCAGUGUUAUUCAGAGAAAACUCUAAAAAAUGUACUUAGAGCAAUUUGUGUGUAAGUAUACCUGAUGUAUGCCUGAUAUGUCUGCAUUCAUAUUUCAGUUUAUUAAUUUCCUCCUUCGUUUCUUCUGUGCACAAUAUAACAAGCAUUUUAAGAAACGUCACGUAAAAGGAUCAAUGGCUAAAUCUUAACACGGCUUGUAUGGACCAUAUGAGUUAAUGAAUUGGUUUGAGGGUAAAGUACUAUACAUACGUACUUAUAUAAAAGUUUAUUCCAAACGAUAAUCGUGCAAUAAAAUGUAGGCUGUUUGAUCCUGGGGGCACAAAGUGUUCAAUAUUGUGCCAUUUUCAUGUCAGAGCGGUGUACCUAAGUAUAAAUUUCGUUGCAAGGAGUAAAUAGAGGGUACAGGUUGGUGUUACAGGCUGAAAAACCUUCGUUUCUGUAAAAUCCAAUCGAUAAUAGUUAUUUAAAAGCUUUCGAAGUUACAAAGGUAAUUUGAGAUAUACGAUAUAUCAUUUUGAUGUUACAGAUUUGUAAUAUAUUAUACUUAGCUGAUAUUAUUUAUUAAUAAUUUAUAGUUAUUGAUAAUGGUAACAUUAGCACUUUAUUAACAGUAGGGAGAAAAUGUAAAAUUACAUUGCGUGCUUAAAUUGUGGGACUUUGAGUGAAUGCGAAUUGUAUUUUGACUGGUUUUAAUAUUUUUAGAGCUAAAAUAUCGUAAAGUAUUAAGAUUAUGCGAGUAAAGUCAAACCGAGGGAGAAAGUAGAACGUAAAGUCAUUGUAUUAAGGCUUAGGAUAAAUCCAGGAAAGCGUUUCUAUGUUUGGCUUGUUUAAUCACUGCCGAUAAUUUUAACAACCGUAAAUAAUAAAUAAUACCUAAGUCCUUUGAUAAUCCUAUACUAUUUCUACUUAUCAAACUUGUUCAAUUUUGUAGGUGAUGUUUAAUGUACCUAAUAUUUUGAACAGAUGUACCGAAAUUUGUAACAUUAGGUUAUAUAAAAUUUAUCAGUAACUAUUAUAAUUAUACCUUACUUAAAAUGGAUGAUCACUCAGUGUUAUCUGUUACUUAUACAAACCAAAAAUAAAGUUCGGAAAUUCUACAUUAAACUAUGUAAUUAAUAUAAAUGUCUAUUUGAAUAAAUCAGAUAAUAUAUGUGA